AUGGCUCAUGUCCUUGCGAGGUGCGCAGGCGCCGAAACGAUGCCAACAUGGGGUCACCACUGUCCCUUAUAUAUUAGCGGGAUAAACCACAGCAGUCAGUGUUCAACGGACAACCAAAAGAAUCAAAAUGUUCAAGUGAUCUUCUUCGCUCUCCUGGCUUUCGCCUGUGCCAAGCCUCUUGUGUACACUGCACCGUUUGCUGCGGCGUACACUGCACCUGUUGCAGCAGCGUACACGGCUCCAGUAGCGUACUCAGCGUACAGCGCCUAUUCGCCGGUCGCAUACUCCGCCUACACCUACGCUUCACCUUAUUCAUACUAUCUUUAA